GUGGGUUUGUGUCGCUGCCGGAUCGCGCUGAGGAAGUGUCCAAGGAGGUUUGGACAGACGUUCUCCAGGGAGAUGAGCGAGGCAGUGAACUUGUUCGCUGGUGUCGUGUCGGAUCAAGCUUCGUAAAGUCGAAACGGGGUGUCAAUUUAUAAACAUUCUGACACCUUUACACUGCAAACGAAGAAUUAAAGAAUGGGAGUGACUAACCUGUGGCAGAUCCUUGACCCAGUGAAACAGCCCAUCAACCUGAGCAGUCUCAAGGGGAAAACCAUUGCUGUUGAUUUAAGUCUGUGGGUAUGUGAGGCACAGACUGUUAAAAAGAUGAUUGGUGUAGUCACAAAGCCUCAUCUUAGGAACCUAUUUUUUCGAGUGUCUUCUUUAACUAAAAUGGGAAUUAAACUGGUGUUUGUCAUGGAGGGGGAUGCCCCAAAACUGAAAGCAGACACAAUGAGUAAGAGGAAUGAACUGCGUUAUGGACCUCCUAAGAAAUCUGGAGCAGCAAAAGCAGGGAGAUCCUAUUUUAAAUCAUUCUUAAAAGAAUGCCUUGAAAUGUUGGAGUGUUUAGGAGUUCCUUGGGUUCAAGCAGCUGGUGAAGCAGAGGCCAUGUGUGCUUACCUGAAUGCAAAUGGAUAUGUUGAUGGCUGCAUCACUAAUGAUGGUGAUGUUUUCUUGUAUGGAGCUCAAACAAUUUAUCGCAACUUUACUAUGAAUGCUAAGGACCCCUAUGUUGACUGUUACACGAUGUCCUCUAUUAAGGAGAAGCUAGGUUAUGACAGGGAGUCUCUUAUUGGACUAGCAGUUCUUCUUGGUUGUGAUUAUCUUCCUAAGGGAGUUCCAGGAGUUGGAAAAGAGCAGGCAUUAAAGUUACUUGAGACUUUACAAGGUCAAAGUUUACUGCAAAGGUUUAAUCAGUGGAAAGAGCAGUUUCAGUGUGGUGAUACUCCAUCUUUAGCUGUUAAAAAGGUGACUCAUUGUUCUGUGUGUCGUCAUCCAGGAUCACAUAAGGAACAUGAGCGCAGUGGAUGUAAACUCUGUGGAAGUGUUAUGUACUGUGAACCCCAUGAUGUUGAGUUCUGCUGCCCCUGCGAAUGGCAUCAUUCAGAGCAAGAGAAGAAGGCAAACAUGGUGGAGGACAAUAUCAAAAAAAAAGCGAGAAGUUGUGAAGACUUUCCAUUUUAUGAGGUUAUCCAAGAAUUUCUUGUCAACAAGAAUAAAUUGAGUAAGAUAAUGGAGUGGCAAAGGCCGAAUUUAUUAACUUUUCAGACAUUUGCUUUUGAAAAGAUGGAAUGGACCAGACAUUAUGCUUGUAAGAAACUGCUAGCACUGUUGACACACUAUGAUAUGGUCAAAAGAAAGUCUGGACAAACAGAUUCAAAUCAGCUGCAAGCAAUACGGAUAGCCAGAACCCGUAUUAAAAAUGGGAUUCCUUGUUUUGAAAUUGAAUGGCAAAAACCAGAGCAUUAUGUUACUGAGGAUGAUCAGCCCAUGGAGUCCUUUGUGGUUACAGUAGAAGAAGAAUCUUUGUUUCAGGCUGCUUAUGCUGAUGUUGUUGCUCAUUAUAAAAUGGAAAAAUUAGAAGUCCUGGAAAAGAAACAGAAAAGUAAGAAACAUAAACUAAAGGAGAAAGGACUCUCAACUGUGGAUGGUGAAAUUAUUGAUCUUGUGUCUCAGAUGAAUUUGCAAUCUUCUAAACAGGAUUUCAAGUUGGAUAGUAAAAUGCUUUCUGAUAGUUAUUUACAACAGAAAAAUACCUCCAGAUCUGAAGACCUAUUGUUAGCUACAAAGCCUUCCAUUACAAACGUUCAGAUAUCAAAACCAGCAUCUAUGCUUUCUCCAACUUCUACAUCCAGCUGUCUACAUCAGAGUGUUUUAGAUGAUUCUCUUAUAUUAUUGUCACCAUCAUCUUGUGUUUCCUCUGUACUAGCUAAUCUACAAUUAAGUGGCAUUGAUUGGGAAGGAACAUCUUUCAGCACUUCACCAGUCCAUGUUGAUGGUACCUGCUCAAUGACUGAGAUUGGUGCAUCUAAUAAUGGCAUAAGCCACUUACAUUCAUUACACAAUAAAAUAGUUGAAAACACCUCAAAAUAUUCUGAUUCUCUACAACCUGACCAAGAUCCUUGCAGAAGCACAGAUUGUUUGGUUUCAAAUUGUACUGAUCUGGUAAGACAUCUUCAACCACUGCCUUUAAGAGAGCGAAUACUUCUGAAGACUUCUGUUCAAUCAAACACUUCACUUUCUCAGAACAUAGUACAAGUUAAACCUUUGCAACAAAUGAAAGAGACCUUGCUUUCUGAGACUGAUUCCAGUUCUCCUUCAGAUCAGUUAAACAAUACAUCACAGAAAACUCAAAAUGUGUUUUCAGAAAAACAGCUUGGGGGAUCCCUAUCACAAAAUUAUCAGGAAUGGUACAAAACUCCUGAAAAUUUAGUGCAAAAAUAUCCCAAUCUAAGCAGUUUGAAGUCUAUGGAUAUGAAAAGCCAUGAAAAUAAAACUUCACACUUUGAGAGCAAACCACUGAAGAUCUCUUUUACACAAACAAAGCCCACAAAUUACUCUCAGGUUAGCACGCUUUGUACGCAAGCAUCUCGGAAAGCUGUUAAAAAGAGUGUGUGCCAGGUGGAAUCCUCUUUGAGUGAGGACAGUGAUGAUGGGAACACGAAAGUUAAAAAACAAAUCUCUAAGCAAUGGAGAAGACAACGGAAGCCAGUUAAUCUGAAGGAAAAUGCAAGGGAUAAGCAAGGGACUGCUUCUGCCAGCAGUGAAAACAGUAACAGUGACUCAGAUCUUGCAACUGAAUGGUUAAAAGAAGAAACCAAUUUAAAAAUAACUGACAAUAAUUUAUCAACAGAAAUGUCUCCAAAACCUGAGCUUGUAACUGAAGAUAACAGUUUCCGGGGUCCUGUACAAACUUUUACAAGGCUUGGCUCCUGUCCGCUGCAGCAAAGCAAAAUCAGUAACUGUGAUGUGUGGGUAGACAGUCCCCUUCCUCUAUCUGAAAGGCUCAGACUUAGGUUCAAAAACAAUUAGAACAUCAUACGUUAGGCAAAUUACACUUUAUGCAAAAUUUUUGUCUUAAAUACCUUUCCACAGUUCCUAUAAUAUUGUUUUUGAGGUCACAAGACCGUGUAUUGCUAAGGUGACAUAGUUACAACUAAUACCAUAUUCUGAACACUUGGCACUAGAGUUUGGAAUGAAAGCACUAUCAAAAAUAUGCAACCCCUGGCAUACAGUUGACACACUAGAGUCCCAUUUAUGACUAUACUAUUUUCCUUCCAUAAACACUAUAGCCAUGAUCUCCAACAUUUGAUAUUGUAUUCCCAAGACAGUAUAAAGGGAUUUUUAAUACCAUUUGUAGCAGGAUUCUUGGUGCUCCUGCUACUUUAAGAGAAGGCAGGCAGCAUGAGAAGCAGCUUGCAGGUGUAGCAGGGGCCAAUUAGACAGUCACCUGAUCAGAAGGGGGCUGGACUUGAAGCAUAUAAGCCCAAGGUCUAAGCUGGUUAGGCAGUCUAGCUUGGAGAGCUACAGAGAGCAGAGCUGGGUAGCAGGGUUUCUAGUUAACAUCUGAACUGGAAUAGCAUGAAUAGGGUGAACAGCUCUGGUAGUUUGUGGAAGGGACUAAGGGUAGACGGGGAGAUCUCAGUCGGACCAGGAAGAGAUGGCCCAGGGGGCUAAAAGGCCAGAGAGAGUGUGGAGGGCCUGGGGAGCAGGUAGGGCCAGGGUGCCCAUAGGUCUUGCUGGCCUAGGAGCAGGGCCAGGGCUCAGGAAAGGCCAAGAGGGCCACAGCUAGAGACUUGCAGGGCUGGAGCCCAUGGGUCUCGACUGACGUAGGAACAGAGCCAGGGUCUAAAGAGAAGGACUGAAGGCCAGGAGACCAAGAGGGCCAGAGUGCCUGUAGCUCAGAGGGGGCCUGGUGUAAGGACAGACAGAGCCAGGAGCCUGUAGCCUGCAGGGGCAGCUAGCGUGUGUGACAUCUGCAAGGAAUGUGUGUGGGUAUUGGGGAGGACGGAGCCCACAUAAUUAGCCCUUACAGCGAUUAGCAUGGGCAUCUGUGUUCAGUAGUGUGAGACCAGGCUUGGGAAGCCUUGGGGCAGUCAUCAAGAUGUGGAGAAGGGGAGAUUGCCUGAAGAGAGUCAGGUUGACAGGUGUGAAGGGGGCUCCAGGGGCGUCAUAGCCACCCCUGGAGUGGGACACUGUUACACCAUUAAUUUCUAUUUUCAGAGAAAAUGUCAUAAUACAGUUGCAAUAUGUUAUGCAACUAUCCAAAUACUUAGAUGCCAGUGAUAUUGAUCACAUCUGACAUCAUAAGAUAUAUUCAACAGAUGUGCUGUUGAAUCUUCCUUGAUCUGGCACACCUUAUGAAAAAUUUUUGAAGGUAUGCUACUUCCACAGAAGGGAGUGGGCUUUUUAAGAGUGAUCUAUUUCUGUAACUUGUCAUUUCUAGCCUUUUACCUACAUUUGAUUAGUAUACUAAAUAUAUUUUAUAGCUAGUAACAAUUUUUGCAACAGAAAAAGAAGCAAGAUCUCCAGGUUUGACUUUUUUGUUUUGUUUUUUAACUCGUGGUAGAAAUGAAAGUUCUGACAUUCUAAAUCUGUUUUGCUAUUGUAGCUUCCUUUACAAGCAUAUUUUAAACCUUUAUUUUAAAAAGUGUUGAAAAUACUCUUUUGAAGGUAUAUCUAACUAGGAUACUAAAAUCCAGCUAUUACCAUUCUUUAAAAAAACAUAGAACCACUGAGCCUACAUAUGCCAAAAUAUGUACUGCUCCCCUGACUUGCCAUGGAAUUCCUAUUGGCUGUCCUUUAUCGGGAUACAGUACUUACAGAGUAUCUCAUUUAAUUUACCCCCUUUGAAAUAUAGUUCUUUUCAAUAUUCCUGAGGAAAGAGGGGGGAAAUAGCUAAUUGAUAGUAGGACCUAUGUUAAUCCUUUUAAUUGCAGGUCUGCCAAUACUGGAUUUUGUCCACAGUCAAGCUGACUUUCAAGUUAGGUCCUGAGAUGGGGACAGCUUGAGCUGUCUGGCCUCUUCCUCAAUUUCCACUUCACAGAUUCUUCCAGGUCAGUUGUUUCCCUUCUAUCCAGGUAAUUCUGUUAGAUUUGGUUUCAUAUUGGGCACUUUCCAAGGAAAGUAAUCCACAAUCCUCCUAGCCUAAUGCAGUCUUCACCGCUCAAUCUUAUCAAAUGGACAGUUUCCUGGGUUUUCAGCAUCUGACUGGUUCAUUUGGUCCAGGCCUUUCAGAUCUCGGUGAAAACAGUGAGUCUGCUGGUCCUGAUUGAUGUACUGCACCAUUCUAGUUAUAAUGCAGAAGACUUGCCUAUCAACAAGGCACUGACGGACUCACCCAAGUUGGCUGGGAAGACUCCUCCCUCUUGUUUUGCUUCUGGAGGGAGUAGGCAGAAAAUAUUGAGUCCCCUGUAGUAGACUGAGCACUUUAUGCCCAUUCAGUAUCCUUCUUCCUGGUGGCAGCUGUGGCAGACAGUCAGGCAGCUACUCUCUACUCCUAGAGAAAAUAGGCCAAGCAUGUUCACACCUUUGAUCACAAAAUUGAUGGUUAGCCUUCAGUUCUGAAUAGCUAAUUGCCAAGCCCUUCUAACAAGAUAUGACUUCCAUAUGAAUAGGUUACUUAUACAGAGAACUCAAAGGAAUCAAAAGAAGCCCUGUUAACCCUAUGUCUGAGGGGCACACUGGAUAAAACAGCCUGGCUGUAGGCUGCAGAUGUGGUCAGUAACUGAAACACCACAAUAAUAGGUGCAGAUGUUGGACCUAAUAUAAGACUAAAGUAUGAUAGUAUGUGCUUAAGUUUGCAUUUUAGUUGCAAGUAAUAGCCUGGGAAAGAAUAAGAAUCCAUUAAAUCAAGGCGACUAACAUUAGGCUAUGCCAAAUGUAAACUAUUGGUUUUUUGGAGUUUUUGACAGUUGUUAAAAGAAACAACUAAAGGUUUGCCUUUUGGUGACAAGAAUUGAAUUGUAUAUAGUCAGCUAGAAACUUGUUGAAAUAAUGCAUCUUUGUGAGCUGAAUAUGGUAAGGCAGACUAUUACUACUAGCCUUGACUAUUUUCAAGCAGUCUGUGCUAAGCUACAGAAGUGUGGCAAAAGAAGGGGGCAUCAAAAGCCUGUUUCUGGGUGACUUAGAAUGAACCUUUGUAGAUGUUAUAGCUAGGUUGUUCAGCAAAGGAAAGAAAACAAUACACCCAGUGAAAGACUUAACAGAAGGCAUUAUAAGAGAGCCUUUAAGUAUCUUAUAAUUUUAAUUGAGAAUAUUAGUAGAAAUGAUUGAUGUAAUCAUGGGCAUUGGCUAGUUUUAAAGUUUCUUUGGUAAGUUAUAAAACAAAGCAGACUUCUCAGUGCAAACUAUAGAUCAAGAUGGAAAAAAACUCAGGAUAGUAGCAAGCAGCAUUCCAUGACAGUGGGGAGGGGAAGAAGAAAUCUUCCCUUCAAAAUUGUAAUUUUCAAAAGGCCAUAACAGGACUGGAUCAGUUCAAGUCCAUAAGUUUUAAUAAAACAGACAUUUGGAUAAAACCAAUCAGAGAAUGUAUCUUUAGAAUAUUAAAUCAAGCCAUAUAAAAUAUAGGUUAUAGACUAGCAGGAAAAUUGAAAAAGAUCUGCUAUCCAUGUGCUACCUCCCUCCUAAACCUCCCAGCUGGAAUAGGUAAGAACCUGUAACAUGCUGGUUGUGUGUUGCUAGGUAGACAUUGCAAUAAUGGUUUGUUCAUGUGCUUUUGGGAUGUGACAAUAAAAAGUUACAUUGUAGGUUUCUCUCUUGCCUCUUUUUUUUCUGACUGGGUGGUGAUAAUUAACAAA